AUUAAAUAGAUGUUUAAGUCUCAUCAAUCCACUCUUCUUGGAAUCUCUCUUGUUGUAUGUAGAAAUUCUAAAGGGCAAUAUCUCACUAUUUUAGAAAAUGGUAAUCAAGGAUGGUGGUUACCAGGAGGUUUAGUUGAUCCUCCAGAAACAUUUGAAAAUGCAGCUAUUAGAGAAACUAAAGAAGAAGCAUCAAUAGAUGUUGUUCUCAAAGGUAUUUUGAGAGUAGAAAAUUCUUUGAAAGCAGAAUAGAAUCAUCUUAGAGUUCGUGUUGUUUAUUAUGCAGAGCCUGUAAAUGAAAGUUAGAUUCCAAAAUAAAAACCAGAUAAGGGUAAUCUAUCUUUCUACUUGCAUUAGAAACAUAAUAAGCUAGAUGGGUAGACUAUAAAGAUUUACCAUCUUACUCUAAAAAUGGUCCAGGAUGGAGAGGAAAAGAAUUAUUAGAAUGGUCGCAAUACAUUGAAAAUGGAGGUGUUAUAAUGCCUCUAUCCUUUUUUUCUUAAGAAGCAACUAAUCCUACGAUAGAUUAGGCUUUUUAUAAAGAAGAUUUACCUCUCAUCAAAUAAAAAUGAUUAAUUUUAAAAUACAUCAGAUAUA